GAUCUCCACCCUCUCCUAGCCAGCAUCACCCGGCACGCCGUUGUUUCUCGUGUUCGGCUGCAUCAUGUCUGCUGUGAAAGCACUUAAUCCGAAAGCUGAAGUCGCCAGGGCACAGGCAGCUCUUGCUGUCAACAUCAGUGCCGCCCGGGGACUACAAGAUGUGCUUAAAAGCAAUUUGGGACCAAAGGGGACCAUGAAAAUGCUUGUAUCUGGUGCAGGAGACAUUAAGCUCACCAAGGAUGGCAAUGUUCUACUGCAUGAGAUGCAAAUUCAACAUCCCACAGCAUCCCUAAUUGCAAAGGUCGCAACAGCUCAAGAUGACAUCACAGGUGAUGGUACCACUUCCAAUGUGCUUAUCAUUGGUGAACUCCUGAAACAGGCAGACCUUUAUGUCUCCGAGGGGGUCCAUCCUAGAAUCAUUGCAGAAGGCUUUGAAACAGCUAAAGACAAGGCUCUUGAAGUUCUUGAUAAGCUGAAAGUGACUAAAGAGAUGGACAGAGAGACACUAAUCAAUGUUGCUAGAACAUCCCUUCGGACAAAGGUUCAUGCUGAACUUGCGGAUCUUCUUACUGAGGCCGUGGUGGAUGCAGUGCUGGCUAUCCGUAAACCCAAUGAGCCGAUUGACCUCUACAUGGUGGAGAUCAUGGAGAUGAAGCAUAAGACAGAAAGCGACACAGUAUUGAUCAGGGGGUUGGUGCUGGAUCAUGGAGCCAGGCACCCCGACAUGAAGAAGAGAGUGGAAGAAGCCUUCAUCCUCACUUGUAAUGUGUCCUUGGAGUAUGAGAAAACAGAGGUGAACUCUGGGUUCUUCUACAAGAGUGCCGAGGAGAGGGACAAGCUGGUCCAAGCCGAGAGGAAGUUUAUUGAGGAGCGCGUUAAGAAGAUCAUUGCCCUCAAGGACAAAGUGUGCACAGAUGCUUCCAAAAGCUUUGUGGUCAUCAAUCAGAAGGGUAUUGAUCCAUAUUCUUUGGACGCUCUGGCAAAAGAAGGAAUUGUGGCUCUGCGCAGGGCAAAGAGGAGGAAUAUGGAAAGGCUCACCCUAGCCUGUGGUGGAAUUGCCAUGAACUCUGUGGAUGACCUCACACCUGAAUGUUUGGGUAACGCUGGUCUCGUCUACGAACACACCUUGGGGGAGGAGAAAUACACCUUCAUUGAGGACUGCAGCAACCCCCUCUCAGUGACGCUUCUGAUCAAAGGCCCCAACAAGCACACCCUCACUCAGAUCAAAGACGCCGUGCGCGACGGCCUGCGGGCGGUCAAGAACGCCAUCGAAGACGGCAGCGUGGUGCCAGGGGCCGGGGCGUUCGAGGUGGUGGUGGCCGACGCUCUGGUGCAGCACAAGCGGGGAGUGAAGGGCAGAGCCCAGCUCGGAGUGCAGGCCUUCGCCGACGCUUUGUUAGUCAUUCCAAAGGUAUUGGCUCAGAACUCCGGCUACGACCCACAGGAGACUCUGGUCAAGUUACAGACUGAAAACAAAGAAUCUGGGGAGAUUGUUGGGGUAGACUUGAACACAGGUGAGCCUAUGGUUCCUGCAGUGACGGGUAUUUGGGAUAACUACAGUGUCAAGAAACAGCUCCUUCAUUCAUGUACGGUCAUUGCCAGCAACAUUCUGUUGGUGGAUGAGAUCAUGAGGGCUGGCAUGUCCUCGCUCAAGGGUUGAUGAAGUUCUUCAAGAUGAUGGCUGAUAUCACCAGGACAUCUAGAGGGUUGAUGAGCAGUGUCACCAUCCUGGAAGGCUUGCACGAAGACCUCCAACUGUCAGGCACACCACUAAGGCUUUUGUUGAUUCAUAGAAGAUGUUUUGCCCCAUUUGAGUCCUCGCUCCCUAAAUAGUAUGCUCCUCAAGUCCGAUUGUUCAGAUUGUUGAUGGUCUUCAUCGUCAGACUUUAUUUGUACUCAUUAAACUGUUUUGGCUGA